AUGCUCGGCGUGCAUACACCUAGUCUGGCGGCUUCUUACCAUUCCGAGCUUUUGGGUCAAAAUUUAAAGGCAGCUUCCGGUGACAGACGCCUCUGUGGAGAUUUUUCUCCGGCAAGCAAAAACGCGAGGCCGUCGUGCUGCGCCUGGGUUCCUGCAGCUGGCUGCAAAGAGGGAACUGACACAGGCUAUGCUGCCUGCUCGAACUGUUGCUGUGGCACUCCGCCGCUGUUGGCCUUCGAGCGCUUCCAAAACGAUUUUCGGUUACCGUGUCCACUUCGCUCUUCAGAGUGUGUGCCCUCUGUCGAGGCGUCAGUCCCGGGACCUGCCGCUGCUAUGACUCUAGGAGUGUGUUCGUGCACGGCUGUGCGGCAGUUCUUUUCGUCCGACCGGCUUCUGCUUGCACUGGAUAAAGGCGGCAACGGCGUUGUUUCCCACUGGUCAUCUGGGCGUGCUGAGGAAGGCGAGACCAGCGGAGAGUCGGGGGAGAGUCAAGCCGGUGACGCAGACUGUCCCCCGUCCUCCUUCUUCUCUCUGAACCUACCCAUUCAUCGUUCGGAGAGCAACCCCAUCAUCACGCCUCUUCUCUCUGUUGUUCCAGCGACCACAGGCAACAGCCGACUUCUCUCGGUCUACGACCUGGUCACUUCUUCCUUCGUUUUCUACGCACGGCCUCCUGCGGGGGACUCCACUGUCUUUCUCACAAACAGCGUACGUUCUGUGUCUCCUGUUCCUCUGACCACGUAUUACACGUCGCAUGUGCCUGGGGGGUGUGGCGACUCUCCAGACUUGGCGCCCUUGUGGAGUGUCGGUGGAACAAGGCGGAAACUGUGGAUGCACGCACCGGGUGGCUCUUCGGGAAGGGGACGUGCAUAUGCAUGCUCUGCCUCGUUGCCCGCCACGCCCUCUGUUUGCAUCUCGGGAACAGCUUGGUUGCCUAACCUGCAUCCUCUGCUGCUCGCAGCUUCCACCACGGAAGGCCAGCUCCUUUUUUAUGACCUCCGAGCCUCACCUCACCCUUUCUUCGUUGCAAAGCGCCCCGCGCCAGCCUCGUGGGCUUCCUCCGUGUGUUCUGCUUCAACUGCCCAUUCAGAUCUGACAAGAGGAAUCCCAGAUCGGGGGAAGCACGUGACCGCUGACAACGCUUCAUCUACCCUGUUUUCAUCCCCGGGUGUUGCUGAUUCUGCGACUUCUUCCGUGGCGAGCGCCCAGACGAAAUCCUCUUGCGAACAGGCGCGUCCGUUUUCCUUCAUCACGACUGUCCCUUGGCUCACGUCGGCGUCAGUGCCUCACGACGGCGUCGUUCUUCCUUGCAUUUGUAGCUGCUGCCUGGGUCGAGCUGCCUGUCUCCAAGGCGAACACGGGGGAGACUCUCCAUUUCCUCCACUCGCUUCGUGCAUGAUCCAUGCUGAGGGCGAACUAUCGAGUUCUUCCUCUCAGUUGUCUCAGAAUGCGGAGUGCGCCACCAGCCAGGAAGCCAGGGAGCAGCGGAAAGGAGUGGAUAUCCGAGAAGCGGGCGGUGAAGGGAACGGGGAAGUGCCUCGUGGGCAUGUAAAGGCAGAACUAAACGGCGAUCUCCUCCAUUGCAGAGGAUCCACAACCGCGUGUUCUGGUGUUGACCAGGUAGCUGAGGUGAGCGAACCAGGCGAAAGCAAAGAGCAGGCACAUGGAGACUGCUUGAACGGCGUGGAAUCUUCCAUGAUGAGUAGAUCCGAACAACUGUUUCGAACAGACACAGAACCUGUGUCGAUUUUUACAGGCUGCGAUGCUUCAGUUGUCCUCAAGCCCCGCAACUGUCGCCGACCUCGGCCAACUAAAAGGACAAGAAGCGAACAAGUAUCGGAGCGCGACUCUGCUUAUGAACGUCGAAAUUCAGCUGCGUUCGUGGUUCCUGCCGCGACAACAUGCUCGGCUGAGACUGGCGAAGAGAUGAAUCGGAGAAUGACACGCUGCGAUAGCGACACACCAAACGGCCAGUCUGCUUUUGCGAGAGCGGACGGGAGAGGGGGUGCUAGGCGAAGUAGCGCCGAUAGCGCAGCUGAAGCAAACGAAUUGCAGGAGGAAGCAACGGAAACGACGAAAAACACCGACGGGGGAAAGCAUUCGUCUCAUGCUCGGACGAACGGCAUGAAGGAGAAAGAUGGUGCAUCCUCUGUCCCUCAUUCUCACACGAGCCAGUCGCCAAGAAAAUAUGACGGCGGUGUUGAGGAAGAGUGCCGAGUGGCAGAGGCAGGUCCCAGAAAGACGAGGUUAGCCGAGGUUGUUACAGGGCAGCGUGAGGGAGAAAAGGGGUGGAAGGCACCGUGGUUUUCACAAGAACAACGGCUCUUUUUGCGCUUUGCAACGAAACACAUUUUGAGUCAGCGCAGAGAUGAAUCAUCCAGGUGCAUCCAAACGCACACUUCAAACACCCAUGAAACAGCUGUCGCACCGGGUUUUUCCUCCCCCCACCAUCUGGACGUCUUCGACCCGUUGCCUCCCAGCUGCACAGAGAGAGGUUCAGAGGAAGAAAGAGAAGAGCGCGCAUCUCUGGGUGCCGAAGGUUCAUCGGCGCUUAACAUUUGCGCUUCUGGCGGUCAAUACCAGUUCGCCUGUACCCACCAAGCAGUCUGGUCGAGUUCCCAGUUUCGCGCACUUGACUCUGUUAUUCUCGGGGCAUGCGGAGGCUCCUCCACGCGCCAAGCGUCCAGUGUUUCUCUUCUUGCGUUGGCGGCUGAUCUGCUGCGUCUCUCGAGCGCCCCGUCUUCAAUUUUCACUUCCUUUCCCUCUUUGCGCAUUUCGCUCCCCUCCCUGAGUCAACCAUGUGGCACGGGGAUUCGCCCAGCGAUGGCUUCAUUAGGGUCGGGGUGUUCACGUAUGCCCUCCAUUUCUCACACAGAACUAGCACGAUCUGUUGCAUACGCUCAUCUGUCUAUGGCGGUCGGGGCCGCUUUCUCUGGACUGCUUCUCUCCCACCGGUUUGAUCAACACCUGGUCAUGUCCCAGUUAGCGAGGCACCAACAACGGCAGCUUCUGAAGCUGCUUCACUCGCGAUUGCCCCAUGCUUCUCGCCCGCUGACGCACGAGAUGGCGGAGGAUGUCGCACGUUCUCUUUCACGCCUUCACUGUCUUCUAGAAGGCAAAGAAGCACCCGCUGUCGCCAGCGGCGACGAAGCCCCCGCGUCUUGUGGCGAAACUCAGACUGACACGACACAGACAUCCGCUUUGUCUGAUGCACCAAGGGUGAGCAAGAAACGGAAACAGGAGACUAGUCAUCCCAAUGGACAGCGGAAGGCGCGCACCGCGUCGGGUGCCGAGCCUGAAGCUUGCCUUCUCCGGUCAUCAGACACGACUGGCUUCCAGGACUCAUCUCAAGCGAGUCCAAACUCCAGAGAAACUGCGAAUUGUGUUUCCCCCGCUCUUGCCUCGAGCAUUAUGCGCCUCUACACGCAACUGUUCCUUGCGAGCGCCGUCGCUGACAGGGACCAAGAGAGACACACACAGAAAGGAGAAACGCUACCGGCGGAGAGGGCGACGGCUACGCCGCCACCUCUGUCUCUCGUCCUGACUGCGUCUGGGUUGAGACGAGAGCUGCGUAGUGAGAAUCUCGUGUCUCCUCUGCAGAAAGGACAAAUGUAUUUCCUGCAGAACCUUCUUCUACAUCACUACCGAAACGUUACUCAAGUGCUGCGCUAUGCUGCGUCCGCUUUGUUUGUCUUCGGAGACUCGCCUUUCUUUCUGCAGCAGGCGUCUGCCGAACCUCUUUCGACAGCAGUGAAGACCAUUCGCGCAGCCUCUCUCGCAUGUUCUCCUUGUUCGAGGGUGGCAGAAAGAAAUAGUGGUUUCUCUCGCCCGUCACAGGCCGGUGAACGGAAGAGCCAGAGUCCUUGUGAGAAGAGAGAGGCCACGCCUAAACAACAGAAGGGAUCUUGUGACAUCAAGACGAACAAGCUUUCCGUGGUGGGGACUGACUUCCAGUGUGGAGUCUGCGGGGGGGUUGAGUCUCUUGUUAAGGCGAAGAUGCGUCGCUGGCUACAGGAGGAGCUUGAGCAUGGCUUUGUCCGAGUGGCGCGAAGAGUGGGACGACAAAAGGUACAGGAAAUAAGCAAAAAUGCGUCUGAAGGAUUCAGAAGAGACCGACAGGCAGGAAGACAGAAGAUGAGAGAAAUUCGAGCUCUAGCAAAAAGGACGGUGUCGUCUCUGUGUUUGUGUGAACUCUUCCGACCUGCUUCUUUUUAUCCAUCUGUGCUUUUCAACGUCUUCCGGUCCUCCGGCUUGCCGGGAAUGUCAGCAAUUCAGAGGAACUGCAUGCGCUUGCUCCCCAUCUCAGACACCGCCUUUUAUAAUCUCGCACGAGCUCAGGACAUUUGUGUGAGACAGACAGGAACCUCGAGCUUGUCUGUGCCGCUUCUUGCAUCCAUCCAGGAUCGCCGGUGGGUCUCCAGGAACUGUGGUGAGCCAGUUAGCCUUGCUGCCAGAAAACGGGAGCGCGUAUCUUCCGUGCCUUCUUCUGACGCACAUGUUCACCCUUCUGACGUUCUCCGUUCGGCUGAUAUGGUCUCUGGCAUGCCGUCGCCGCGCCGCGACUUUCAAAACCUUUCUGCGACACAAGGCUCCGUGUCGGACCAGUCUCAUCGGGGCUCGGUGGAGGAACCACCUGCUGCAGCCCACAAGAAGACAGAGAGAAAAGCUCUUUUACCGCAGUCGUGUCCCACAUCGGAGACAGAGACAAGUUUCAUGAAGGCAGAAACCAGAAGGCAGCAGCUUUUCUGCGUCGACGCUUUCGGCCGUGCCUCUGUCCUCACAGUUUCUCUCAUGCUGGUUCCGUCCAGAAGUUUGGAGAGGAGCGCUUCUCUGGGAAGGGUGAAAACACGAGACAACCUUCAUAUACUGCACCCGAGAUCGGAUCAGGAGAAAACUGAAAAGGUACAUUCGUGUGAAAGUAGCAUAGACUGCAUCACAUUUGGGUGUCAGAGGUUGAAAGGCGAAGAUUUGUCCUCGGAAACAAUUUAUAAGACAGUUGGAAAAUUGUUGAAAGGCGACGCGGAAAGAGAGGAGGUGGAAGACGAACAUGGAGACACACGUAUUAUUCUGUGCCCCUCGAUAGAUGCAAAAAACGAUGGGCUCCUGGAGCAUGCGCUUCUUAAAGAGAAGUGUGAAGCAUGUUGCGGAUCGGCUUCGGCGAAGAGGACGAUCGCGAGACCCCGGCGUGUUCGCGUUAUUGUGGCACAUCCAGGAAAUGAGGAGAACUUGUGCUGGCGCAAAACAGCGAAUGCGACACAAAAGGAGACAGUUCCUGAAAACGGCGGUGUGUGCGGUGGGAAUUCGAGUCGGAACUGCAGUGGACGGAAGGGGCAAAAUCAGGAGAGGCGAACGGCUGAAGCGCAGAAGAGGACAAGGAAGAUCGAUCCAGCCGUCGGAAUUAGUGCCUCGCCACACGGUAAUCUAUGGAAUACUCAAAAGUCGACGAAGGAGCAAAGCUGUGAGGAGACUGCGAAUGCGUUUCUCAAUCGCCUGCCAAUUCUGCCUGUUUGGAAGUUUCCUCCAUCUUCUGUCGACUCGAACGCGUCCUUCCUCAUUUCCUCUCCGUCGAGUGAGCUUCCAGCUCUGAGUACAAUCAUGUCAAGAACAGAUGGUUCUCAAGGAAGUUCCUCUCUCCCUACAAGAUCUUCAUCUACCCCCCAUUCUACUCUCCGACAAUCAAUUACGCCGCCAGUGGCUCCCAGUGUGUCUGUGACGAAGCACGGCCGUUGUCUGGGACCGUCGGCAGGGGAUUUGUCAAGAGCCCAACGGAUAGAUAAGCUGAGACUGCAAUCUGGUGGCUCUUCGGUGACAGAACCGAAGCAGAGGGAUGAUCCGCAGUCGUUUCGUGAAAUUCAGUUCAAUUGUUUCAUUACACUGGAAGAAGAUAAUUGUUUUUCUUUACGCGGGCGCAGUUCCCGUGGAGGAGGUGGAGGAGCAACUAGCAGUCGGGUGGCCUCGAUGGCUGUUCACGAAAACGGUUCCUACAUUUUCCUCGCCACUUCGACGCCGUCGUUUUUGCUUUACUCCAGCUCGGCCACUCUUCCUCCGUACAGGCGCCAUGAUAGACUUUUGUUUGGUUGUACAUUGAGUGCGCAUGCAGCGACAUCUCUUUUUAUACAUGUGUCGUCAAAACAAGGAUCAACAGGACAUACGGGACCGUUACCUGAAGGGGCCGAGCCCAAGCCACUGCCCUCGUUUGUGUUGCCUGACGCACCGGGCGGCCCACGCCCUCCACCGCCGCUUCUUUUAUCGGCCGCCCCUAUCCUUCCGUCCCACCCUUCACCUCCCUUUUUGCCACACAAUAUGGUGCGACCGUUUUCUGCCAACUCGCUAGCUCCGCUGUAUGCAGGGACCUUUGCUGCUGGGACUGUGCAAAAUAGGAAAGCGGGGGUCCAGGUGAAGGCACCGAGCGCUGGGGUGGCUGCUUUGGGUGGCAAGAAGGGACGAGACGAACAGAGGGAAACCGUGUUUUCAGAUUGGCUCACAGAAGAUGACGACGACGUACCCAGCGAUGCCGAAGACGAUGAAGAGUCCCAAGGCAGUGGCUGAGCCGCGAAGCUCUUCGGUUGAUGCCAGGAUGCAGUGGGCGUCUCUCUACGGCUCCGAAGCGAUAUGCUGGUCAUCAGCUGAUGCUUUGGAGGAGCGGGGGUGAUAACACAUUGUGUGAUUAAUUGCACCAAAGCUCCCCGUAGGUUAGUGUCGAGAGUGCGGUGCACGUGGAAAUCUGCAGUACUGUCAUUCUCUCCCGUCUCUUAUCUUUCCGUUUUCCCUUCUACAAAGGGUUAACCAUUCUGCCGGCAGCGGUUUUAGUCUGACGGUAUCUGAGAGCGACUUUCUGUUUCAGUGCCGUUUGUGAUUCUAACUGAGCUCAAGAGGCAUGAGGUGGAUGCAGCUUCCUGGAGUCCUGGGAUCGUGAGAAGAAACCAAGGCGGGAGUGUGUUGAUAUGCGUGUGGACAAAACGACAGACAAUACGUUUACGCUUGCGAGGCGACGCCGUGAUUGUUCGAAGACAGGAAAAUAUUUUCGGUGCAGCGCGACUAAAGCGAACAUUAAGAUUUGCCUAAACCCU